AUGGACGGCUUCGCCAAGAGCAUCGGCGGCGGCGGCCCUAACGUUCCGGCGGGAUCCCACCCCGCGGGCGGGAGCCAGGCGGCGGCAGGAGGCGGCGCGACGCAGCGGACGCAGUAUCCAUAUGUGACUGGUACUUCAGUCAUUGCCUUGAAAUACAAGGAUGGUGUGAUCAUGGCAUGUGACACUGGAGCCUCCUAUGGAUCAACUUUGAGAUACAAGAGUGUGGAACGCAUUAAGGCAGUUGGCAAGCAUAGCAUCAUUGGAGCAAGCGGAGAGUACAGCGAUUUCCAGGAGAUCCUGCGCUAUCUGGAUGAACUAACUCUGUCUGAUCAUAUGUGGGAUGAUGGAAACUCUCUGGGCCCCAAAGAGAUCCACAAUUAUUUGACAAGAGUGAUGUACAACAGACGCAACAAGUUUGAUCCUCUCUGGAACUCACUUGUAAUUGGUGGAGUGAAAAAGGGUCCAAAGGGUGAUGAGAAGUAUCUUGGCAUGGUUAACAUGAUUGGUACCCACUUUGAGGAAAACCAUGUCGCUACUGGAUUUGGAAAUCAUCUGGCGAUCCCAAUACUUCGAGCUGAAUGGCACGAGGAUAUGACUUUUGAAGAAGCUGUUAAGCUGGUUGAGAAGUGCUUGCUGGUCUUGCUGUACCGUGACAGGUCAUCUAUCAACAAAUUCCAGAUUGCCAAGAUCACAACUGAAGGAUCAACCAUCUACCCGCCAUACUCCUUGAAGACCUACUGGGGCUUCACUCACUUUGAAAACCCAGCCCAGGGCGCUGUGGGAUCAUGGUAG